GCCAUGAUCGUUGUGCAUUCAAAUGUUCAGCACGCGCGCUCGCGAACAGUCGUCUUUGCGUUUCCAUUAAGCCAUUUGUGGUUGAUCAGACAAACGUGUUUCAAAUGGUGUGACUUUGAGUGAAAGAAAUUUGAAAUAAAAGAAAUCGCUACGCUCAACCGCGAACACAACAUGUAAACGAGUAUAAGUGGCAUUUGAAACGCUGGAAUAACAUAGAUUGCGCGAAACGUUGCCCAAAGUUGGCGAAAUUUUUCCUUUUUAUAUUUUGUGAAAGUCUAGUGUGAGAAAAAAUUCAACAACAAAUAGGCAUAUGAUGCUGGUGAAAGGAUUUACAAGAAAGGAUAUUUAAAAAAACCGAAAAAAAUUUAAUAUUAAAAAAUCAAUCAUUAGAAGACACUGUUUUUUAUUUGACGCAAUAAAAAUAACCAACAAUUUCUUAAAUAAAAAAAAAUCUAAAAAUUAUUUUUUCCACAACAAAAAGUUGCAUGUAAAAUGUGCAAAAGCUUUUUGCAAGUAACAGACUAAAAACUAUUAAAUUAAAAAUAAUAUAAAUUUAUUCCAAAAAAUUUUCACUGUGAUAUUUUUCUACCAUUCGGCUACCCGCAAGGCAACGUAGCUGCUAUUUAUACAUAUAUAAAAUAAUAAUUUUUUUUAAAUUUAAUUCAACCAAAAGUUCUUAGUUUUAACACAAAAUGAAAGUGCCCGCGAAAGACUCGAAAUAUUCCAUAAAUUUGAAAAUUUUCAAAUUGCAAAACUACAGCACCGCGCCGAAAAUGUGCGGCGGCAGUGAUAAAAAAUCACCGUCACCCACAAAUAGCACAGCGCCUGCCGUGCUCACCAAGCGCAACUCUUGGCGUGCUUCGUGGAAAUUUUCAGCUGCCAAACAGCAACAGAAACAACAGCUGUCCGAGUCCACACAGCAACCAGAAUGCGAAUGCGACGCUGAAUUGCCGGCUGAUAAGAGCAAUCAUUUGGAUAGCAACAAUGACUCAUCAAUUGCCGCUGACAAUCGUUCACAACAUUGGGCGGAUGCCUUGGAACGCAUCUCGACGCCGCCAAAUGUUGAGUGCGAAAAUAGGCCGGCAGCGCAGCAGCUGAAUCGUGAACUUGAUGAAUUUAUGUCAAUGCCUUGGUUCGGCAUGGAUAUCGGCGGUACACUUACAAAGCUAGUCUACUUUGAACCAAAGGAUAUAACACCCGAUGAACAGGAUCAAGAGGCUGAAAUUCUACGAAAUAUACGUCGUUAUUUAACCAAAAAUUCCGCCUAUGGCAAAACGGGGCAUCGUGAUACACAUUUACAGAUGGACAACGUUGAGAUACGUAAACGCCGUGGCUCAUUGCAUUUCAUCCGCUUCCAAACCACUGACAUGAGCAAUUUCCUCCUGUUGGCCAAACAAAAGGGCAUGGCCGAACUGGUGACCACCGUUUGUGCAACGGGUGGUGGUGCAUUCAAAUUUGAGAAUGAAUUCCGGCAGCAAGUCAACAUGAAACUCGCCAAAUUCGAUGAACUCGACACGCUCAUCAAAGGCAUACUCUUUGCCGAGGUACAAAAUCCCACAGAGUGCUAUUUCUAUGAGAAUGCCCGUGAUAUUAUGAAAAGUGAAAAACGCGCUUUUGAUUUCUCCAAACCAUAUCCUUUCAUAUUGGUUAACGUCGGCUCGGGUGUGUCGAUAUUGGCUGUUUAUGGACCAGACAAUUACAAGCGUGUCUCAGGCACAAGUUUGGGCGGUGGUACAUUCCUUGGCCUAUGUUGCCUACUAACCGGCUGCAACUCAUUCGAGGAGGCUAUACAGCUUGCAACAAAGGGUGACAAUCGUAAAGUGGAUAAACUGGUGCGUGAUAUUUAUGGCGGUGAUUAUGAUCGAUUUGGCUUAACGGGAGAUUUAGUGGCGUCAAGUUUUGGACAAAUGCACAUUAAGGAUAAACGUUCGUCAGUGUCGCGUGAGGAUUUGGCCAAUGCCACACUAGUAACAAUUACCAAUAAUAUUGGUUCAAUUGCACGCAUGUGUGCGCUGAAUGAGAAAAUGGACAAGGUCGUAUUUGUGGGCAACUUUUUACGUGUAAAUCCGAUUUCAAUGAAAUUGCUUGCCUAUGCCAUGGAAUUCUGGUCAAAUGGCACACUCAAGGCGCUCUUCCUCGAACACGAAGGCUAUUUCGGUGCAUUAGGUUGUCUUUUGCAGUUCAAUGGUGAAAUUGCGGCCGCUUUGAAUGAGACUACAGAAACGUCACAACAAACACAAAAAACCGAUACGACAGCCGAGAAUAUUUCAAGUAGCAUAAAUUCCACAACUUCGCCACACAGUAAUAAUACUAAUAAUAGCGAUAGUUGAAGUACGGGGACUGCUGCUAAUAUGUAUUUUUUUUAGUUCGUAGCUCAAAAAAAUGUUAAUAGAAAAAGAACUAAAAACGAAUAAUACAACAAAUGCUUGAAAGUAACAAAAUACAACUAUGUACAUGUACUAACGAAAAAGACAAGACACAAGCAAGCAAAAUCAUAAUCAAAAUAAAGUUAAUUAAUAAUACAUUUUUUUAUGUGUUAGAAUAAAAAAACAAAAAUAUGUAUGUAGUUUUUACGUAUGUAUGUAUAUUUAAUUAAUAAAAGAAAACAACAACAAUAAAGAAAUAAAAUAAAAUAAGUUGGUAAAGAGCAGACACACACGUCCAUAAGCUGAAUAUUUAAUUUGUAUAUAGAUUAUAACAAAAAACUUAGGAGCAAAGUCCAAUAAUCGACGCGGGGCGUCUAUUUAAUAAAAAACUAAAGAAAAAAAUAAAUUUUCAACGAAUUAUUAAUAAAAAUCACUUAAUAUUUAUGCACAUAAAGUAAAGCUUAAAUGCGCAAACAUUUAUUGUUGUUACAAAAACACACAUGCUUUGUAAAAUACAGGGGCCGGAUUUUCAGCGUAUUUUUCUUUAUUCAAAAAACAUUUUUUCCUAUUAUCAAAUGAAAUGCACACAAUUUAAACUUAUAACUUAAUAGUAACUAUUGGUAAAGUUAUUAAGUAAAAAAUAUACAUAUAAUAUUUAAGAGAAAAAUUGCACAAAUGGCAUUAAUAAGUAAUAUUAAAAAGAUUAAAAUUACUUAUAAUUAAACUAGAUAAUUAAUGAGUUAUAAAAAAAUUAAGCAAGCAGUUGUGUAUAAAAAAAUGGUUGGUCAAGCAAUUAGCAGACUUUAAGCGCAAAAAAUUUAUAUUGAAGGUACAAGCCUGAUAAACUGUUGAAUGUUUUUAAUAAAAUUAUUUUAUAUACAUAAA